AUGAGUUUCCUCAGUCUAAACCUUACAGAAAACGCUUUCAGUUCAUCUUCGUCGUCGUCUUUGUGCCCUAAACAACGAGUUUUCCCGUGCAGGUACUGCAGUCGAAAAUACUACACCCCACAAGCACUUGGAGGCCACCAAAAUGCUCAUAGAUUAGAAAGAAACGUAGCGAAGAAGUUGGCUGGUUCUAGUGGCCCAAGCCACAGUAGACAUGUGCAACCACCUGUCAUGAUGGAGGUUAACCAUGUUGGAAGUUUCAGUGCUAAUGGUUAUAAGCACGAGUAUGUUCAUGAAGAAGACACUAGCCAACUUGAUUUGACUCUUAGGCUUUGA